GCAGCAAGUACCCUGCAGAAAUCUCCCAUUGUAGCCCAUAUUGGACCCAGCGGCCUUAGCUCAGGAGCCAAGAGCAGCACCCCCACCCUCACCCAGGCUACAAGAUUUGGAAUUUGUCUAAGCUGCUUGGGCUGAGAGGCAGCUGGUGAAGGGUGGAGGGAAGCCUAAGAGCUCUCCUGAAAAUGUCAAAUAGAACGCCCAUGUUUGACUUGAUAACAUCUACGCGCUCAAACCUUUAAUCCCCCUAGCUUCUGGUCCAGUGGCAAGGUAACAGGCGAGGGUGAUCUGGGCUCUUCAGGGAACAGAGGAAGCCCUGACUGGCAGUUCAGGGUGUGACAGGUUCAAGCCGCCCACCUAAGGACAGGGACCCACCUUUAGCUCCAGCCCCAGGAGGCACCAGCUCUUUCUCCCCAGGCUUUCGGGGAGGAUCUGCCACUGGAAUGGCUAACCCAGCAGCCAAUCACAGAGCCCUGUAGGAAAUAUCUGGGAGAGGUCUUGGAGCUAGGGCCAAGGCAAGUUGAACCCAGCUCCAGUCUGGCCCCGGACAGUCCCAGCUGUCUCCAGCUAGCCCAGAAGUCAGCACCUCUACAAGGAACGCUUUUGGGGGCCUGAGGCGUGAUGCUCCCAAAGUCGGUCACACAGGGACUUGUGUUGGCUCUGCUGGUGGGCACAGUGGCAGUGGCCCGGCCCAGGAACCUGCUCAGCCUGCUCGCCUUGGGCCAGGGUGCUCUGGAUCGCCUGGAACUGGACGGCCUGUUAAAUACGCUGGUGGCCCGUGUGCACUGCACCGACGGGCCGUGUGAAAAGACCUGUGUAGAUCUUCCCCAACUGCUGGAGGAGGCUGAGGCAGCAGGGGUUUCCAAAAGCGCCGGCCUGGUCUUGACUGCCUUGCUGGAUCAUGUCAUUAAUGGGUCCUGCUUCCAAGGCCUGCCUAGCCCUCAGUACUUUGUGGACUUUGUGUUCAGGCUACACAGUAGUGACCCUCCCAAUAUCACGCUGCAUGAACUGGAGAAUUUGAUGCAUCACCUUGGGGUGGGUGGAGAGGACCACAGUGACCAUGAUGACCACGGUGAUCAUGCUGACCACAGUCAUCCGGACAGGAAAGCCAGCCACCAAGACUCUGAGCUCCAUACUCCCCACAACAGCAACUCUAGUGUAUGGGACACGCUGUGCCUGAGUGCCAAAGAUAUAAUGGCUGUGUAUGGGCUAUCUGAAGAGGCUGGGGUGAGCCCUCAGGCCUGGGCCCAACUGACCCCUGCCUUGGUCCAGCAGCAGCUAAGUGGAGCCUGCAGCCCCUACCCCACUAUCCGUAUUCAGGACCAGCUCAGUCAAACAGAGAGGUAUCUCUAUGGCUCGCUGGCCACCCUGCUCAUCUGCCUCUGUGCUGUGUUCGGUCUUCUGCUGCUGACCUGUGCCAAAUGCAGCACAGCCACCCACUACAUCAUGCAGACCUUCCUAAGCUUGGCUGUGGGCGCACUUACCGGCGAUGCUCUUCUGCACCUGAUACCCAAGGUGCUGGGACUGCACACACAUGGUGGAGAGGGUCACACCCAUGAGGAGGAGGUGGGCGUUGGUGGGCAGGCCACCUGGCGCCUGCUGGCUGUACUUGGAGGCUUCUACAUCUUCUUCCUGUUUGAGAGCUUCUUCAACCUCUUGUUGCCCAGGGACCAGGAUUCUGAGAAAGAUGGGCCUUGUAGCCAUGGUGGGCACAGCCAUGGAAUAUCUCUGCAGCUGGCACCAAGCAAUCUCCGACAGUCCAAACAGACCCAUGAAAGCUCUCGUUCAGACUUGGUGGCAGAGGAGACCCCGGAACUACUGAACCCAGAGACCCGGCGACUGAGAGCAGAGCUGAGACUGUUGCCCUAUCUGAUCACACUGGGCGACGCGGUACACAACUUCGCUGACGGGCUCGCUGUGGGCGCCGCCUUCUCAUCCUCGUGGAAGACUGGGCUGGCCACUUCAUUGGCGGUGUUCUGUCAUGAGCUGCCCCAUGAACUCGGGGACUUCGCUGCUCUGCUGCAUGCCGGGCUGAGUGUGAAGCGUGCGCUUUUGCUGAAUCUGGCCUCAGCGCUCACAGCAUUCGCAGGCCUCUACGUGGCUCUAGCAGUCGGAGUAGGCGAGGAGGGCGAGGCUUGGAUUCUGGCGGUAGCAACCGGCCUCUUCCUUUACGUGGCGCUUUGUGACAUGCUCCCAGCCAUGAUGAAUGUGCGCGACCAGCGGCCCUGGCUUCUUUUCCUGCUCCACAACGUGGGUCUGCUGGGCGGCUGGACCGUCCUGCUGCUGCUGUCAUUGUACGAAGACAACAUCACCUUCUGACAGCUCUAUCCCAUCCCAGUCCUUGUCCCUGUCUGUUGACUCUGCUUUACCUUCUUAAGCCACCUAAUUGUUGGCCCCACUACGGGUAGCCAGAGGCUUUGAGCCUCAUUUCCUUGCUCUGACUUCAAUAAAGACUUUUCAAUCAAACCCAA